CCACCAUGAUCUGGCUGCCUGUUACUCAUACCCUGGCAUCGCCUCUUAUCAAAGUUCCGCUGCUGGUCGCCGCGACCGCCAGGACGGCCCAGGCCAUGACUCCGCCGAACCCACCACUCGGACCAGAAAACAUGAAAUUAUACGACGGUCUCGGUGACUCCAUGAAGCAUGCCAUGGUCUGCUCAGGUUAUGUGCAUAAGGGUCUCUACUGGGCAAAUGUGAUCGCCGAGUCCGCGGUCAUCAUCGCGGAGCAUUUUCGGUCCCCUCGUACUUUCGUUCCUCAUCCGCAAGUCCAAGCUAGUCUCCCAGAGGCAGAGUCCAAGCACGCCACUCACAACAUCCGCACCAGGCCCUGGUGGUCGGCGGGAUGCGCCUUGAUGUACGCCGGCAGCGCAAUACGCCCCGCGAGCCACCACGCGCUGGGCAAGCUCUUCACCUGGGAACUUACGGUGCGCAACGACCACGUCCUCGUGACCGGUGGGUCGUACGCCGUCGUACGCCAUCCGAGCUUCGUCGGGAUGGCGAUGCUCUCCGUCGGCCUUGUCCUCUGCCACUUCAGCCCUGGAGGUUACUUCGCGGAGUGUGUGGGGUGGGAUACCUUCGCGAGCAAGGCAUUCACGGUGUUCUGGGGAGGAUGGAUACUACUGAUUCCAACGUUCUUAAUGACCCGGGUUAACACCGAGGACGAGGUGCUUAGAAGGGAGUUUGGCAAGCAGUGGGAAAGCUACGCCGAGCGGACUCCGUACAAACUCAUCCCGUAUGUGUAUUGAGACGUGAACUAGGCUUUACGAUCGAGAGCAAUGGUUAUGCACUCCGCUAUGGCACCCAGCCGGCCAAGCGCGUCUGCAUGCUGCUCAGGUCUCAAGAUCAUCACGACAUUUAUGCCCAACAUCUCAGCUCAAGGUACCCAAGUAUAUCCUGUGCAUCUCGUGGUCGGCCCACGGGCUCAGGGUUGCACUUGCGGCAACUGCCUGGCUGUCCUAGGAGGCGAGUCUACUAGUUUCCCUUUCACCUGGUCAUGCUGCCAGUACGCGGUUUCAGCCUAUCACCUGGUUUAUAUACAUGGUAUCGUUGUAUGAAAUACCUUGGGACCGCCGCCGAUGUUGCUGACAGCACCAGUCCAGGUCGGUGACAGCACUAAAGCGACCACUGGUGAAAUUGAGCGAGAUCUAUAGUGCUCAGAACGAGUCUUCCAGAGUGGAUGAGCUACGCGAGCUGUGA